AUGGCGGUGACGAUGCUGCAGGACUGGUGCCGCUGGAUGGGCGUCAGCCCUCGCAGGGCCCUGCUGGUCCUGGGCGUCCCCGAGGACUGUGACGACGCAGAGUUCCAGGAGUCCCUGGAGGCUGCCCUGUGGCCUCUGGGCCACAUCACGGUGCUGGGCAAGGUGUUUCGAGAGGAGGAUCGUGCCACCGCGGCCCUGGUGGGCCUCGACCGCGAGGUCGACUACGCCUUGGUCCCCAGGGAGAUCCCGGGCGCCGGGGGCCCCUGGCACGUGGCCUUCGUGCCCCGCUCUUCGGGCGAGGAGUUUCUGGGUCGCGUGUUCCACUUCCUGGAGCAGCACGGGCAGUCGGUGGAGGGCUUGGCCGGCGCCCUGGGCCUGGGGCUGCCCAGGAUGUGCUGGCUGCGCUCGGUCAGCCGGGCGGUCCAGCCCUUGCUGGGGGCCCUGAGGUACCAGCGCCUGGGCGUGUUCUCCGGGAGGGACCCGCCGGGCCCGGGGGAGGAGUGCUUCGAGGCCUGGCUGGACCACGCUGGCGACAUGCUGCAGCUGUGGCAGGAGGUCUCGGAGAGGGAGCGCCGGCGGCGGCUGCUGGAGGGCCUGCGCGGGACCGCCCGGCAGCUGACCUACGGGCUCCUGGCGGAGAACCCCGCCAGGACCGCGCAGGACUGCCUGGCGGCCCUGACCCAGGUGUUCGGGGAAAGAGAGUCCCAGGCCACCAUCCGCCUGAAGUGUGUGGUCGCUCGGCAGCAGACGGGCGAGCGCCUCUCGGCUUUCGUGCUGCGGCUGGAAGUCCUGCUGCAGAAAGCGGUGGAGAUGGGCGCCCUGGCCAGAGCCUCUGCUGACCACCUGCGCCUCCGGCAGGUGCUCACCAGGGCCAGCCUCAUCGAGCCUCUGGACGAGGCUCUGAGGAAGCUGAGAUUGGUGGGGAGGCCUCCGAGGUUCCUGGAGAUGCUGGGGCUGGUUCGGGAGGCAGAGGCGUGGGAGGCCAGUGUAGCCAGGAACCUGAGAGCCCGGGCCCAGAGAGAGGCCGAUGCCCGGGCCCAGAGAGAGGCUGAUGCCCGGGCUGAGGCCCCAGCCGUGGCCAGAGCCCAGGCCAAGGCAGAGGAUGAGAAGGUGGAGAAGGAGGAGGAGGAA